AUGAAGCCACAAUACAUAACGUGGAGUGUGAGUAAGAUUACGGUUGUGAAGGUCACUGGUCUAAUUGAAACCGAUAGCUUCACUAAUGCAGAAUUCAAAGUAGCUAGAGAUUCACCCAGUCAGGUCCAUGAAUUUACCCUCGCUAAUUUUCCAUGCCUUAACCGUUAUGACUGGAUCAUGCUUUACAACUUGUUGUUGAGAGAUGAACAGAAAUAUGGGUUUGUUAUUGCUCACCUCAAACAGAUGAUUAUUUCAUACAUUCAUGAGGUUGGGGAAAUGGAUAUUGAUAUUUUUUCCGUGUUCACUUCCCAAAGAAGUCCCUUAAGGUUUUGA